AUGUCCACUGAGUUUAACGUUGGAGACAGUAAAUGCCCAGCCGGCCAUGCUGCUGGCGGUGGCACUCGCAACAAGGACUGGUGGCCUACGCAGCUUAAGCUCAAUAUCCUUCGUCAACACACAUCGAUAACGAAUCCUCUCGGCGAAGCUUUCGAUUAUGCUGAAGCGUUUAAGUCGCUCGAUUACAAUGCUCUCAAGAAGGACCUCACCGCUCUCAUGACAGAGAGUAACCCGGCUUGGCCAGCAGAUCAUGGUCACUAUGGCGGCCUUUUUAUCCGCAUGGCAUGGCAUAGUGCAGGUACUUAUCGUGUGUUUGAUGGACGAGGAGGUGGUGGACAGGGGCAACAACGCUUCGCACCCCUCAACAGCUGGCCAGACAAUGUCAGCCUCGACAAAGCUCGUCGCCUUCUCUGGCCCAUCAAGCAAAAGUACGGCAACAAGAUCUCGUGGGCCGAUCUUCUUCUUCUAACUGGGAAUGUUGCUCUUGAAUCGAUGGGUUUCAAGCCUUUCGGGUUCGCUGGUGGCCGACCUGACACGUGGGAAGCCGAUGAGGCAACCUACUGGGGAGGGGAGACCACUUGGCUCGGGAACGAUAUUCGAUAUGCCAAAGGGAGUUCAGACAUGGACGUCGACAACAAGGCGCAAGCUCAUUCCUACAAGCUCCAGGAACCUCUUGGUGCUGCUCAUAUGGGACUCAUCUACGUCAACCCCGAAGGCCCGGAUGGGGUACCGGAUCCGGUUGCUUCUGGUCAUGACAUUCGUGUUACUUUCGGUCGCAUGGCCAUGAACGAUGAAGAGACUGUAGCCCUUAUCGCAGGUGGUCACACCUUUGGGAAGACGCACGGCGCUGGUCCUGCAAGCCACGUUGGCCCAGAGCCGGAAGGUGCACCGAUUGAACUGCAAGGCCUGGGCUGGAACAGCAGCUUCGGGACAGGAAAGGGACAAGACACCAUUACCAGUGGUCUAGAGGUUACUUGGACAAGCACACCAAACAAGUGGAGCCACAACUUCUUCGAGUACCUCUUCAAAUUCGACUGGGAGCUGACGAAGAGCCCUGCUGGUGCGAACCAGUGGGUCGCCAAGAAUGCUGAGCCUAUCAUUCCUCACGCCUUUGACCCCUCCAAGAAGCAACUCCCUACCAUGCUCACCUCUGACCUGGCCCUUCGAUAUGACCCGAUUUAUGAGAAGAUUUCCCGCCGCUUCUUGGAAAACCCCGACGAGUUUGCUGAUGCCUUCGGUCGUGCUUGGUUCAAGCUUCUCCAUCGUGACCUUGGUCCCAAGUCUCGAUAUCUCGGCCCCGAAAUUCCGAAGGAGGACCUCCUUUGGCAAGACCCUCUCCCUACCGCCACCGGGCCCGCGCUCGGCGAAAGCGAUGUCGCUUCCCUGAAGAAAGCUAUCCUCGCUACCGGUAUCGAUCCCGCGUUGUUCAUUCGUGUUGCAUGGGCUUCGGCUUCCAGUUUCCGUGGCACCGACAAACGUGGGGGUGCCAACGGCGCUCGCAUCCGCCUUUCUCCCGCUAAGGAUUGGAGUUCCAACAAGCAUCUUGAGCUGCCCAAAGUCCUCGCCGCUCUAGAAAGCGUCCAAAAACAGUCUAGCAAACCUGUCUCGAUCGCUGAUCUCAUCGUUCUCGCCGGCACUGCAGCGGUCGAACAGGCAGCUGGCAUCCCAGUUCCUUUCACCCCUGGCCGCGUCGAUGCAACACAGGAACAGACUGAAGUAUCGUCUUAUGCUUAUCUCGAACCUUUCGCCGAUGGUUUCCGCAACCUCCCUCCCAAAAAAGCUUCCAAUGCACGCACUGAAGAUUGGCUCGUUGACAAGGCCCACUUGCUCACCCUUUCUGCAGUGGAGAUGACCGUAUUGGUUGGCGGCCUCCGCGUCCUCAACGCCAACUGGGAUGGUUCCGCACACGGCGUCUUCACUCAACGCCCUGGCAAACUGACCAACGAUUUCUUCGUCAACCUCCUCGACUUCAACACUGAAUGGAAGCCUACUGGCACCGACAAUGAGCUCUUCCAAGGCACAGAUCGCAACACUGGAGCAAAGAAAUUCACUGCCACUCGAGCCGACCUUAUCUUUGGAUCACAGGCUGAACUCCGUGCUGUCUCCGAGGUGUACGGCCAGGCCGACGGAAAUGAUAAAUUUGUCAAGGACUUUGUAGCCGCAUGGGUCAAGGUCGCUAACUUGGAUCGUUUCGAUGUCAAGGCGAGUAGCAUUCCUGCGUCGAGGCUCUAA